UACAUUUUACCAUGUAGAAAAUUUUUUGUUGAAAUUGCUAAAAAAAAAUGGCGGACAGUCCUUCGCGGAGUAAUUCCAUGGAAGAAGAUGAGGAAGUGUUUGAGAUUACGGAUUUUACAAAUGUCUCGGAUUGGGAGAAAUUUAUUGCUCAGAUAUCUGAAGCUAUUUCUGAUUGGCAAUUGACUUGUAUUGAACAUGUCCGGCCGUUGAAGAAGAAUGAAUUAACUUUAGGAAGUUGGGAACAAGUUAUCAGAGAAAUAAGGUUUUCGAAUGCUGUCUUCAUGUUGACGUUAUAUCGACUGAAACAAACUGGUCGAAAUGAAGAUGAAGAAAUCUACCAUGAAGAAUCUGAAACAACUCUAGAAGAUGAGCUGUGUUUACCUGUGUAUAUGGACGAUAUGAUGUCAACUAAUAAUGAUUUUCCUCCCAGAGCUCAUUGUCUUGUUCGAUGGUAUGGAUUCCGAUCUUUCCUUGUACUCAAUUUAAUCUCGUCGGGCAGCAACGCAGUGGACGGUUUGACAAGCGAAUCAAAAUGCAACUUGCUUCUCAGCUCAGCAUGUAUCGUAUUAUCAGAUUCCGGAUGUGAAGUCCCAAUAUUUAUUCAGAUUCAACAAAACUGGAGAAAAAUGUUUACAGGGAGAUGUGUUGGUACUGGAAUGCAGACUGAAUUUGAGAUGAUUCAUUUGAAGAAAUCCCCUCCUCAAUAUCAGCAUUUAUCCGGUUUGCUUCAUAUUUUCAAGUCAAAAAUAGGGCGGACUUUAUCACCAGUGCAAAUAUCAGCACGGUUCACUUACGUAUUAUCAAAUUGGGGCGAAAAGGGGGCGUGGCCACAGGAACAAGUAGACCCAGACAUUGCUGCACAAACUUUCGAUAAAUUUCUAUUUGGAUGUUUGGACGACCCAAUAGGUGAUCUUCAACUUUCAGCCAUGUGGCCGGCAAUUAACGAAGGUCUGAUUGUGGAAAACGACGUGCACUCUGACUUUAAACCAAUCUCGGCACCGGUGUGGACAAUAAGACUCCAUUACACUGAUAAUCCAGAAUGCCUUUUAAGCGGUUACAUUAAAGAAAUGUUGAAACUCAGAACAUGCAAAGAAAGCUUUGGUAAUUUAGUCACGACAGCACCGAAGUCGCAAGAUGCAGAACAAGAUAUAAGUCAAGCGCUAAAUAAAAUGACAGACCCGUCUCAUAAAGUUAAACAAAUGGUUCCACUGAUGCCUGAAUUUACAUCUGGUCUUUCGAAAAUUGUGACAUCACAAAGAUCAAUGUGGGCUCGGAGAAUGCAGGUUUCAUCUUAUGCAACUCUCGGCCCGAUUUCUCAAUCAAUGAUUGAACUUAUUAUGGAAUACUUGUUACCUGAGACUUCGUCAAAUGAAGGUCAAGGGUCGUCACAAGGUGUCAGUAGUGAGGAUGAAAAAGGUACUUUCGUACAUGAAUUGGAACAUCAAAUUAAAUCUGCUCCGAAAGAUAGCUUGACGUAUCGCCUGGCGCUUUGUGUUACGGUGAUUAAUUUUUGUCACGGGGGAGUCGCAGCUAUUGCUCAAGUUUGGCAUGAAUUUGUGCAAGAAAUGCGAUUUCGAUUUGAGAACGGAGUUCUUUUGUCCGGAAUUACUCCUGGGAAUCCAGAUUUACGAUGUUGCCUUUUUCAUCAAAAGUUGCAAAUGCUUAAUUGUUGCAUCCAGCAUAAAAUCAAUAGGGAGAAAAACCAGAAUUCUGUGAUUGACGAUCUUCCACAAGAAGAUGAAGAUCCAGAGAAUCUUGAUAAAACUGAAAACAAAGAUGUAACUUCUUCAAAUGAAACUAAUAUGGAAAAGGGAGAGGAUUCUCAGAUUCAAGAUAGUUCUCCUGAAAUUUCAUCUGCUCAAGAUCUAAUUUUAUCAAAUGAAGAGUCUCCUGAGCAGGAGGAUGAUAGUGAUAAACAUAAAGAUCCAGGUCAACUUCCUAGAGAGGAUUCUACAACCUCCAUUGGUGCAGAAUCUGCUCCUAGAUCACCAGGAUGGCAAGAGGAAGUGAGCUCUAUUGAUGAUGAUGAAUUUUUUGAGUGUGAUGAAGGGGGUUCGAUACCAGAUCCGGACGAGGUUGAUAAAACUGUAGAGGAAACUACUUUGCAAGAACAAACAAACGAAGAUAUUGCCAGUAUUGAACAAAACGUGAAUGCUGAUGAUAUAGAAAUUGAUGAAGUAAAUUUAUCUGGCGAUAAUUCCAGAAAUAAUGAAUUUCUGAAUGAAGAGAAAUCAGAUUUACAAGAUAAUAUAACGGAAAAAGAAAAACCGAUGGAUUCUGAAAGAAAUAUCACUCAAAUGGAUAAUGAAAAGCCUGAAAGUUCUAGACCUGAGAAUAGCGCUGAUAGUAUUAAAGAUUCCAUUGCUAAAGAGAACACAAAGCCCAUGGGAAGAUCCAAGCGAUUUGGUUCUGCCAGACUUUUAAAUGUUGAUGCAUAUUUGUACAUCCCGGUCACACAAGAAUCUGCACCUUUAACGGAAGAUGCAUUAGAAGAACAGACAAAGAUCUUCUCCAGCUUAGGGGACUCUGCUGAAGGUGCUUUGCUCCGUAGAAAAAUGCAAUCGGCGUCGCUGCUUUCUGACAUGGAGUCUUUCAAAGCUGCCAACCCCGGAUGCGGACUUGGUGAUUUUGUUAGAUGGUAUUCUCCGAGAGACUAUGAAGAGAAGACUGAUGCUAAUGGCGUCACCAAAGGCGCUCUUUCAGAAAGGAUGCAAAUCCCUGGAAAUUUAUGGCAAACUAUGUGGAAUAGCGCUAAGCCCAUACCAGCACGUCGACAAAAACGUCUUUUCGAUGAUACAAAAGAGGGUGAAAAAGUUUUGCAUUUUUUAUCGUCUUUGCAACCUAAAGAUUUGGCUAUUUUACUUCUACCGAUUUGCUACCAUGAAGCAAUCUGUGUUCUCCAAAGCAAGAGUGAUUCUAAGGUGUCGAGCGUACCUUCUCUCUGUAACCAAAUCUUGACUCAAUCGUCUAAAUUAUUCCAAACGCAUUACAAAGAUAAAUGGGAGCAAAUGGACGACAUUUGGCAAAAAAUACAGUUUUCAGAAACUCUCAUUGAACGUGCGAUGUCCCUAAAGCACAAAUUCGCAAGUGUUAAAGACGCGGAAACAUUCGUACGAAAACUGGUAGAACAUCCAGAAGUAUCUUUAGAAGGUGCAGCAAACGGUGACAUCGGAAAACUCGUAAAGCAAUAUUUUCUCGACCAAAGUGCCGCUAGCUUGCCUCAAUAUUUACAAGAAGACGACCCUCCACAAGCCAGAAUGCCUAGUCUGCCACCACCUAGUGGCAGAGAAUAUAUUUUGCGGAGUACUGCUCCCCGACCUUCCAGUCAAUCAAGACCACUGCCUCACAGGCUUUAUGCUGUGCAACUCAAAAAUGAAUUUAGACUGGCUGGAGCGUUUUCCAGUGAUACUGUAUUUUUCUAAUGUUAUACCGUGGGUCUAACAUUGUUUUAUUUUGCACUUCACUAAAUAAUUUUAACAUCAAUUAAUGGAAUCUAUAACUCUGUAAAUGAUUUCUAAAGCUUAGACCCAAAUUUUGACUUGUCCAAUCUUUUAAAAAAAUAAUUCUCGAAGUUAGGGGAUCCCCCAAAACAGCGCUCUUACUCCAUAAUGACACCUUGUGUCCCAUCACUACUAAUUAAUUAGUAACUCGCUAAUUAUACGACAUAAUUCAUCCAAAAUCAAUAGGCUUCUGGUCCGACAUAUGAUGAAUGCACAUGCAAAAUCUGGAGCAGAUUCAAUGUCGCUUCCGUUAAAUAUCGCGUGUAUCUAACAGACAGAUAGAAGAGUUACUUACAUAUGUUAAGGUUUGAUUGUCUGAAUUUGGAUAUAACACACGCGUUGAAUUUUUUGCUUUCUUGCGCAAAGGCUAGUGGUUGUCACUAAUUUAUAUUUAAUCCGUUGUGUACAUUGGAGAACAAAUUUUUUUUGUGGCCCAGAUAGAUGCCUGGAGUUGGUUCCCCCCGACAAAUGCACACCCAUGUUAUGGCCUCACCAAGGACGGUUCGCGUUGAAUUCUUAGUAUUAAGAAAAUCUAUACUACUGGACAAUUUAGUCGCAAUCAAUCAGUGUCAAAGCCAGAAGAAAUCAUAUUUCAAUGUUGCUAAUUGAUUCAUCCAGGUAUUCCAAGCAGAAUUCUGUUUAGGCUAUAUUAUUAGCAUAAGUAUGUGCAAUCUUAUGAUUAUUUGUCCGCUAUAGUUUCAGAAAUAAAUAUUUCAAAGCUAUUUUG